AUGUCUACUUGGCAAGCGGACAGUGGUAAAAGAGCGUCAUCCCUGCAAAAAAAGUGGAAGAGUUUACGGGAUAAUUAUAUGAGAGAGGUGAAGAAAAUGAAGACUGUCAAAUCUGGAUCAGGAGCUUCCAAAACUUCGACAUAUAUUCAUUAUAAUAGACUACGAUUUCUACAGGCAUCAAUUGCCAACAAAGAUACAGAAAGUAGUUUCGAUGCAGAUAAUGCAUCAACUUCGUCAGAGGUUGCUGAAGUAGAAAUAAGUUCUGGCUUUAAGAGUCCUAAAUCUACUUCAAGAAAAAAACAAAAAUUAAAUCCUGCUGAUGAAAGAUUAGCAAACAUAUUAGAGCAGAGUUUAGCACAGAAAAAUGUGUCGCAUCCAAAAGAAGAUGACGAUGAAGACAAGCUGUUUUGUUUGUCACUCGUUAAAGAGAUUAAAAAAAAUCCGGAAUAUAGGCGACUUCAAACUAAAAUUGCCAUUUAUAAUUUAAUUUUGCAAAACCAAAAUGAAUUUCAAGGACCACAACAACAGACAUAUGAAAAUCAAAAUUACCCGGUACCACAACGAAGAAAUUAUUUAUCACAAGAGCAGCGUCAUCAGUCAUCAGCUUCUGUUGAAGGCUUUCGUUAUCAUGAUUAUAGAUCACAGCAGUCUAGUGUGUCAAAUAAUUUUGCACAUUAUGGUUAUACUACAGCAAUGGGGUCUCCAUCGCCAGUAACACCUACUCCAUCGCCAGCACCAACUAAUGUCAGCAAUGAAUCAGAGUUAGAGUUAUUCUGCGAGUAA